AUGGAGCUAUGUCCAGCUGUUGAUACCUUGGGGGACGAUGGGGACUGGGAGGGGGAUGGGGACGGGGAUUGGGAGGGGAAGGAACAGAGCGAGAAGGAAAAGCUUGAGAAGGAAAAGGGGGAGAAGGAGGAACGAAGAAAGGAGGAGGAGGACGAGGGGUGGCAAGAAGGGGUGGCGCGCGUGGCAGGGCGGGCAGCAGUGGAGGAGAGUGAGAGGGUGGAGCAGCAGGUCAGGAAUUACACCGCAUGCCUCACCCUCUUCCGAGCCAUGCAAGCACAGCGCCACAUACUGGCGUGGAUAGCGCCUUCCCCAGAUGUCAUCUGCACGCGGGCACACCUGGGGCCGUCUGUGCCGCUUGCGUCCUCCCCAGGCCUGGCGCCCUUCCCUGUCUUCUUCAGCCGACUCGCCUAUUCCAGCACCGUGGUGAUUCACACAGCAGACCCCUCGAUCACGGACCUGCUUCUCAUCCAUGGAGCUGCGCUUGCCGUUGCCUGCUUUGGACAUCACAUGCUCCCUCUCUUGCCCCCACCACCCCUCACCCUCUCUCUCCCUGCCAGCACCGUGGUGGUGCUCACAGCACACCCCUCCCUCACGGAUCUGCUCUCCAUGGAGCUGCGCCUGCUGCUGCCAGGCAUUCAGCCGCGCUGCAUGGACUGGCACGGCCGCAUGCUGGAGCCUUUUGGGGCCCAUGGGGAGGAUAUGCCAGAAGUCGAUCGGGUUGUGAGGACAGCCAGAGCAUGGAGCAGGGACAAGGUUGCUCUGCCGGUGUGCCAGCUCGUGGUCUCCGUUCCACCCCCACGGGAUCAGGCAACUGCCUACAACACCACCUUCCCUCCUCCUCCCUCUCCUGGUUCCGCUUCUCUGUCUCCUCUCAUCGCUCUCGAUGAUCCUUUGACCCGGUAUACCCGUGCCUUCUCCUCGCUGCUCUCGGACCUUCUGCUGCUUGGCUUCCAUCUGGCAGCAUGCGAAGCGGAUGCAGCCUACAGCACCCACGCAUGCCUCUUCUUCAGCAUGCCACGUGGAUCUGGGUACAGCGGCGUGACUGAGAAGAGCCUUGUUGCUCUGUUCGACGGGUGUACGCUGCUGGAAGAUCUUAAUGUGUAUUGUUCCGACAACGCUGCCAUUCCCCCGUCCAUUGACCGACUCACACGGCUCAGGAACUUAACCCUCAGAACACGCGUUACGCGUCUUCCCGACACUCUCACCUCUCUGCAAUCCCUCAAAAGACUCGUGCUGAACGCUUCUAGGCUUGAAGCUUUGCCUCCGGAUUUCGGCAAUCUGCUUUCCUUAACGUCGCUGGAGCUGCACAAAUGCCGCUUGACGUCACUUCCGGAAUCUUUCGGCGAACUUACCGCUCUGAACCGCCUUUCCUUGAAUCACUGCGCAACGUUGCAGCUGCCGGUCUCCUUCUCCAAGCUUUCUUCUCUCGCUGUCCUCGAGGUUCGGCAAUGCAGGAUGGCUCCUCCGCCGCAGCCGGUCAAUUUCAGUCGACUACAGGCGCUUGAAACCCUUAUUUUGGUAGAAUCGACGGGGCUGCACGAUCUUAUCGCGGCUCUCGAGCAUUUGCAUCGAGUGAAGACUCUAAGUAUCAAGCACUACAGUGAUAUCGCGUCUCUGCCCGCGUCUCUUCCCCGACUGACUGCACUCACCAAUCUCUCUCUUGACAUGGCACAGCUCUCCGCGCUGCCCGAAGAUUUCGGGCAGUUGUCACAGCUUCGGACACUCGUGGUGAAACUCAGGCAUCUCACAGCCUUACCUGACUCCAUCGCCCUGGUUACUACGCUUCAAGAGCUUUCCCUCAACCACCCUCGAAAACUGACACAUCUGCCCCAGGAGUUCGGCCAGCUUGUUUCUUUGGAGAAGCUGUGCCUGAACGACCUUCAACGGCUCACACACCUGCCUGAAACCUUCGGGCAGUUGACAGCCCUCCGGGAGCUGAAAUUUCUAGAGUGUCAAAAGCUGCAAAAGCUCCCGGACUCCCUGUCGCAGCUCUCUUCGCUCGAGAACCUGGAGAUUAACAUUUGUCCGGAACUCACCGCACUGCCGGAUGACAUGGGGAAGGGACUGCGUUCCUUGCGCCAACUGCUUUUAUUGGACUGCACUGCUCUCACUCACCUCCCUCCAUCCUUCUCCAGCCUGACCUCUCUCGAAACCUUCAAGAUUCUACAUGCGAAACGCUUCGAAGCCACUCUGAUGGACGGUUUUGGCUGUCUGAAAAGCCUCAAGGAGUUUUCGCUUCGUAGUUUGCCUCUCCUGUCCGCCCUUCCUGCUUCCUUCUCUGGCGUUUUCUCCCUCACCAGCCUGGAAGUGGGGAAUUGCCCGAAAGUAACAAUCUUGCCAGAGGGAUUCGGACGGCUGGAGGCGCUUGAGGAGCUCAGGAUCUUCAAUAUGAACGGCCUGGAAUUCCUUCCUCCCUCGCUCCUUGAGCUGCCCCGUCUGCGGACGUUGGAGGUGCGAGGAUGUGGUGGGUUAAGUGCGGUGCUGGGUGAUGAGAAGAUGGUUAAUCGUACUGCCAGGGGAGAAUCGAAUGUCGAGUCCUUUGGUCCGUCCCUUGGUCUUCUCUCCUCUCUAACGCAACUGAAGCUUCUGGAGAUGCACAGACUCAAUUCUCUCCCUGAUUCCAUCUCUCACCUCUCUCAUCUGCAAAGGCUCGGGGUUGAAUCAGCCGUACGUCUGAACAAUCUGCCCGAGUCCCUUGGAAGGCUCUCAGGGCUGCGUGUCUUGCAGCUGGUUCGUCUUAGCACAAUGCAGCACCUGCCUGCGUCACUGGGGCAGCUGAAGAUGCUUGAAACGCUGGAUAUUGUUGAUUGCUUCAACCUGAUGCAGCUUCCGUGGUCGUUCUCGAGGCUAUCAAACCUACGAUCCUGCACUCUUAUCAAGAUUGGGAUCUCAGCAAUUCCAGAUGACAUCUGGUUGUUGUCUUCCCUCCAGAAGCUGCUGAUCUGGGGACUGAAACAGUUGAGAAGGUUGCCUGAUUCGAUUGCUCGCCUGCCUAGGCUUGAGGAGUUGCGGGUCAGUGCGUGCAAGAAGCUGACUCGAGUGCCGCCCUCUCUCCGGAAAAUGCCAACGUUGCAUCUCUACGUGUCUUGUUCCGAGAAUGCUGCCAUUCCCCCGUCGAUCGACCGUCUCACACGUCUCAAGCACUUAACCGUCGAGGCUAGCUAUACGCGUCUUCCCGACACUCUCACCUCGCUACAACUGCUCAAAAGCCUCGUGCUGAACACCUACAGGCUCGAAGCUUUGCCUCAAAAUUUUGGCAAUCUGGUUUCCCUAACGUCGCUGGAGCUGCAAUACUGCCGCUUGACGUCACUUCCAGAAUCUUUCGGGCAGCUUGCCGCUCUGAGCCGUCUCUCCUUGAUACACUGCGAGACGUUGCAGCUGCCGGCCUCCUUCUCCAAGCUUUCUUCUCUCGCUAUCCUUGAGGUUCGGCAGUGCACCUUGCUUCAUAUGUCGCCGCUCAAUUUCGGCCGAUUACAGGCACUUGAAACCCUCAUUUUGGUUGGGGUGACGGGAAUGCGCGACUUUAUUGCGGCUUUUGAGAAUUUGCAGCGAGUGAAGACUCUUACUAUUAAAGACUGUAGUGAUAUCACGUCUCUGCCCGAGUCUCUUCCCCGACUUCCUGCCCUCACCGAUCUCACUCUUAACAUACCACAACUCGAAGUGCUGCCCGACGAUUUCGGGCAGUUGUCCGAGCUUCGGACACUCGUGCUGGACCUUAGGGAUCUCACCGCCCUACCAGACUCCAUCGCCCUGGUCACCACGCUUCGAGAGCUAUCCAUGAAUCUGCUUUUUCAUCUGACACAGCUGCCCCGUGAGUUCGGCCAGCUUGUUUCUUUGGAGAAGCUGUGCUUCAAGUGCCUUGAUCAGCUCUCGCACCUGCCUGAAUCCUUCGGGCAGUUGAAAUCCCUCCGGGAGCUGAAACUUCUCGAGUGUAGGAACCUGCAGCGGCUCCCGGACUCCCUGUCACAGCUCUCUUCUCUCGAGAACCUGGAGAUUAACGUUUGUCCGGACCUCGCGACACUGCCAGAUGACAUGGGAAAGGGACUGCGUUCCUUGCGCCAUCUGCUUCUAUUGGACUGCACGGCCCUCACCCACCUCCCCCCUUCCUUCUCCGGCCUGACGUCUCUCGAAACCCUCAAGAUUCUACGUGCGAGGCGCUUCAAGGGUGCUCUGCUGGACGGUUUUGGCAGCUUGAAAAGCCUCAGGCAAUUGUCGCUGCAUAGUAUGCCACUCCUAUCCUUCCUUCCUGCUUCCUUCUUUGGCGUAUUUUCCCUUACCAGCCUGGUAGUGGGGAAUUGCCCUAAAGUAAUUAUCCUGCCAGAGGGAAUCGGACGGCUGGAGGCGCUUGAGGAAAUCAAGAUCUUUGGGAUGAACGGCCUGAAGUCUCUUCCUCCGUCUCUCCUUGAGCUGCCCCGUCUGCGGUCGUUGGAGGUGCGGAGAUGUGGUGGGUUAACUGGUCCGCCUCGUCACAAUGCAGCAGCUGCCCGAAUCUCUCGGGCAGCUGAAAAUGCUCGAGACACUGGAUAUCAUCGAUUGCUACAAGCUGAUGCAGCUUCCAGCGGCGUUUGCGGAUCUGUCAAGCCUACAAUCCUGCAAGCUUAUCAUGCUCGGGAUCUCAGCCAUUCCAGAUGA